AGGCCUAUUUGUACAGCUUGUAGGUGCAUUCAUGCACCCUCUGGGUCUCUGAGGAUCGUGUUGGCCAGUCCAUACGACAAUUCAACGCAUUAGAAGCGGUGUUCACGGUCUAUACAGCUUGGUUCCAAUGAGAUAAACUUGCAAAACAGCACCCAAUUGAAAACCAACAGAGAUCCCUUUUAAUGGUAAACAUGGAUCAAGUACCAAAUCAUCCACCUCAAUCCACCUUCAGAUAUGUUAAGGAAUUGACGGAAGACGAAAAUAAAGUGCUCUCAACAGAUGUUGAGCUGGAUCACAUCAGAGCAAAAAACAAUCUUAAGAUGCGUAAGGACCUUAAGAAAAUUAGUGACCAAUUGUCAACAGAAAAUAUCACGGAUAUCAAAUUUCUUCUUCGGGAUUUGAUUCCCUUGGGAAAGCUUGAACAAGUGAAGAGUGGGAUUCAUCUGUAUGAUGCUCUUGAAAGCCAACAGUUGAUGCGGAUCUCAUUUGAUGAGCCAAAUUUUGAGUUAUUAGUGGAUCUUCUAUAUUUCAUAUUUCGCUAUGACCUUCUACUUAUAUUAGGGUGUGAGCAACACAAUAUAAAAGCCAGACUUAAACUGAGGCCAUCUACAUGUAGGAUAUCAGAGUACAGACUUAUGCUAUAUAAGAUCAUUAUCAACCUUCAAGAGCAAGAAAAGAGGGCAAUGAUUGGAGAAGCCAGACCUUGGUUCAACCAUCUCCCAAAAGAACAGUUUGAAUGUAUAAAAUCCCUCCAAAUGCUAUUUAUCCAAAUGGAAAAGAUCAGAUAUUUGGCAGAAGAUAAAGUUGAUAAGCUACAAUGGCUGCUACAUAAAAUUGGAUCUAUGGAUUUAGUUGAGGACCUCAAAAAGUAUAAAAGAAACCAUUACUGCGGUGCAAGCUAUGGAGAAGGAAACAUUGAGGAAGCAAGCCCCUAUGCUGGUGAUAUAAACAACACAUACAAUGUUAAUCCUCAAGCAUUAGACUUACAUGUAAAGCAUCAGAAAUAUGCAAUGACUGUGCCAUUAACUGAUCCAAAGGGCCCUCCUUCACGACCUUCAGAGGAAUCAGAACCAGAAUUUGAAAAGUCAUCAUCGAAAGAUCUGUUGCAGGCGACAGAUCCAUAUAGCUUCCCCCCUCCACAGUCUCCUGGGUUGUCAGAUCAAGUUAAAAUGGUUGCAAUAGAAGACAAAGGAAAUAAAUUAUUAAAUCAGACUGUCAAUAAGUAUGAGGCCAGUGAAAAUAUCCCAUCUAUUAAUCAUGAACCAAUAGUCCCAGCAUCCAUUGAUGAGUUGAGCGAUGAUGAGCAAAUGGAUGACAGUGACUCACACAGAAGUGAUUUCGAUGAUAGCAGUGACUCUUUAGCAUCACCUAUUAAUAUAGCCAGGCCACCUGGUACUAGGGACAAUAUGAAUGCUAGCCUAGAUAACAGAACUAUAAGUAAUGCUCAAGAUCUGACACAAUUUAUGCUACCUGGUGACAGUACCAAUGUGAAUAAACAUGAUAAACUUUUACCAAAUAGGAAUGAUAACAAUUUGGAGGAAGUGCAAUAUUUGGAAUUUGGAAAAGACAAGCAAUGGAUUCCUAAAUCUCAGAGAAUUGCUAAUUUAGCGACUACUCAAUCAGCCAGUCCAGUGUCCCCAUCACCUAAAGCCCCAGAACCUCAUCCAAGUCCAUCAUUAGUGUCAGGCUCUGGUGGGAAUAAGGUGGGACUGAACCUUGUAAGUGAGCUACAUGGUGCAAAGUCAUCUAAAGGUAAAGAUGAUAUACAUGUAUCAGAAAGAAGGGGGCAUGUGUCCCAAGCAGGUCAGGUCCAGGGACAGGGGAAACUGCUUGUUGGUGCAUAUCAGAGUGCCAGUCCUGUGAACAGUCAAGAUCUCACAAUUAAUAAUCUUGAAACUGACAGUGAGCCAGAGGUAGUGUCACAGAUGUUGGAGAGUUACACUAUAGAAUCUAAGCCUAAAGGAUUGUGUCUUAUCUUUAAUAACUACAAGUUUGAUAAAUUGCCAGGGGGACAAAAUAGUCAGGUUCAAGCCCUUGAGGAUAGGAAUGGUACUGAUGUGGAUUUAGAAAAACUCAAGAAAUUAUUUACCCAACUGGGAUUCCAAGUGGUAGUGGAAGAAAAUUUGACGUCAUGUGAUAUGCUAAAUAAGUCCGUGGCAUAUUCUAGAACAAGAAAAUUCAGCGAGUUCCAUGAGAAGUCUGAUGCAUUUGUGUGGUGUAUUUUGUCGCAUGGCAUCAGGGAUGCUGUGUUUGGUACAGAUGGCAAAGAGGUGAACAUCAACAGUUUGACAUAUUUCUUCAAAGGUAGCAACUGUCCAGAGCUAAUAGGGAAACCAAAGAUGUUAUUUGUUCAAGCAUGUAGGGGUAUACACGAAAGCAAAGCUGUGGUCCCUUUAAAGAAAAGUGAACAGUUUCGGACUGAUGGUCCAACGGCUACAACACCUGAUGAGGCUGAUUGGGUGAUUGGACAAGCUACAUCACAAGGUCAUAUGUCAUUUAGGAGCGAAUCUCAUGGAACUUGGUACAUCACAAAACUUUGUGAGAAUUUAAACAGAUACCAUGGAAGAAAAUAUGACUUGUUACAAAUUCUGACAAAAGUGAACCAAGACUUGGCAAAGGGUGAAGCUGAUUUCGAAGACAAAUAUGGAAACUCUUACAUUGGAAAGCAACAGCCAGUACCAUAUUUUACCAUAAACAAGAACAUAUACCUUACUUGCAUAAACUCUAAGUGCAAAAGAUGCUCAUGAAGCAUAAGCUAAGGAUCUUUGAUUAGCUUACCAAAAUGGCAUUACAUACAAACCUGUUCUUAGGUUAUUUUCACUUAUAUCUUAUGACGAUACCAUCUGGUCUGAAAUGAAUGAAACCUGGCAAUGACAGGUAGAGACCUUAAGCUCAAGCCUUGGAUGUUCAAACGACUUCUAGGAACAUCAUUCAAAUGAUUGAAUUGAAGGCAUCACAUUAAAAACUACUGUACUCCUCUUUGCAGACUGCUUUAAGGUCAGGGUGCAUGUUCGGAAUUUUGCUGCAACCCUCAAUAGAAAGAUGUAGACAAUGUGGGAGA